AAAAAAAAAAAAACCGCUGUUGUCUGCUAAGCGGCCGCUCGUCGAUCUGAGAAUUUGAAAAACGCAAAUUUUCGUGCUUUGGGAAGAAAGAAGAUACGAGAAGGCCGUCCGCGACUCAAGAUGGGUCUUCGGCACGCCUCUUUCAUAGCCCGGACGGUUUACGUCCGUAACAACAACAUCGAGGAGGCAUGCGGUGUUCUUAAUAGAAUAAUGGGCCGAGAAGGUUUGUUCGAGCAAUUCAGGCGCACGAGGUACUACGAAAAACCCUGUCAGACACGCCGGCGCGUAAACUUCGAAAAGUGCAAGGCCAUUUACAACGAGGAUAUGGACCGGAAGAUCCAGUUCAUCAUGAGGAAAAACAGAGAAGAACCCUUUCCAGGGUGUUCUUGAAAUCCUCGUGAUGUUAAAUCGAAUUUUAGUCUGUAAUGAAUCGUUUGAAGAUUUGAAGAUUGAGAAUAAACAUUGAAAGAAUAAUUUAAAACAA